AUGUCCAAUUCAAUGGCAUCGUCCUAUUCGCGCCCUGAUUCAUUCUCGCCGGCUGCUGGUUCAGCCCCGAGAACGUCCACGCCCCUCUCCGAACUCCCCCAGUCCCAGAUUGACGCCAUCAUCCGGACGAAACGCAAGGCGCGCGAGCCCAAGGCCUGCUACCCGUGUCACACGCGCAAGGUCAAAUGCGACCGCAACCUGCCUUGCGAUGGCUGUGUGAAGCGCGACCAUGCAGAUUUGUGCACGUACGAACGGCCGUCGAAGAAACGCCAGAUCCCAGUCUCCCAGUCCUUCUUGAACAAUGCGAGGGGCGGCGAUCCUGCUGCAGGAGGGACCGCUGCGGUUAGUAUGAUUGGGUCGGAUGUGCACGUCAAAUCCGAGUCUGCAGAGCCAGGCGCAGGGUCAUCGCAUGCCGGGGGCAGGGUGUCGAUCCCUCGUGAGGAUUGGGAGAAUGUCUGCAACAAGCUGAAAGAGAUGGAACAGACAAUCUCGAGCCUGCGAUCUGGACUCGAGCAGAUCGAAGAAGGGCGCGUUUCUGCGAUGGCGACUGGAGAGCCGCGCAGCACAGAUACGAGUCAGCGGUCUGGACAAGCGUCCCCUGAGCGCGAAGGCAUUCAUACGGCCAAUACCUUGGGCGAAGGCACUGUUCAUCUUGGCUCGCGAUCCGUCCUGGCGUACAUCCUCAACAAGUCCGGAUCCCUUCAAGCGCAGGCUCUGCUUGAGGGCGGAAUCUUGCCCAAGCUGGGGCUCGACAAUGAGACUGCAACCUAUCCGUUCGUAGAUCUGUGGUCUUCGGACACGUCGACUUUUGACGUGAGCGCUGUGUGCGGUGCACUUCCCAGCGAUGAGCAAAUCAGAGAGUUAGUCUGGUCACUAUCUAUUUCUUCUGGAAUGAUGCGAUGGCUGACUGCAUCUAGGUUUUUCUAUUUCUACAGAGACAUUGCAGGCACUCUUUACCCGGUGCUCGUGGACGUGCCUGGGUUCGAACAGGAUAUGGAAACGUUACUUCGGAAUCGAGCAGCCGCUGGUGGCGUGCUCAAGACUGAUGAUGACCAAAAUUUCUCCCAACGGCCGUUUGGAAAGAGCUUGGCUUUCCUCGGGUUACUUUUCGCAGUGCUGGCUUCGGGUUGCCAGUCAUCAGACCUCCCCGGCAAGGAGAGGGAACUCACAUCACAAGUUUACGUUUGCUGCUCUUACCAAUGUCUGCGGAUGACCAAUUUCGUGUCACAACCCACGAUCGAAGCUAUGAAAACGCUCCUGAUCAUUGGAAACGUCUUGUCCUACAAUAUGAAUCCCGGCGUGUCCUAUGUGUUACUUGGAAUGACUCUCCGAAUGGGUUUGGCGCUCGGGUUGCAUGUCGAAUCGAAUCGUUUCCCUCCAACGGAACGAUAUACUCGAAGACAUGUGUGGUGGUCAAUGGCAUGGCAAGACAGUCAUUUCUCGUUGUCCUAUGACCGACCAUCUACGACCGCCGUCAGCCAACCGGAUAUUGCCUACCGGCCUGAGUCCAAGCCCGGCGAGCGAGAUUACUUUGAGACGAUGUGCAGGAUCAUCUCGUUGACCCUCGAAGUUGUCCGUGGCCGCAUGUUGAGCCCUCAUUUCCAAAUGAGCUUCAAAGCUAUCCAGGCGUACAAGGAACGAAUUCAGCAUAUCUUGGCAGAUGCAGCACCGCAUCUGCGAGACCGUAAGUACUGUCUGUCGUCGGUGGAUCACCUUCAAAGACUGGCUCUCAAAGUGCACUCGUCGUACAUCACCUCGGAGCUUUGCCGCCCAGCGCUCAAAGCGACCGCCGACAAGAAUGACCCGCUGCACUCGAAGACGCGUCAGGAUUGCGUGGCGAGUCUGAUUGCGACGGUCGAGUCAUAUAUUGAAUUGCAUUCGUGCAGCAGCCACGGAUCGCGUGCCUGGAUCACCUUGCAGCGCGCCAUCAGCUGCGCGUUCCUUUUGGCGGUGAUUGACGAAUCCAAGUCGGAGCCUCAGGUCUGGAAGCUCCUCCGGCAGCUGGAGGUGGUCAUCGCCGAGCGGGCGAGCGCAGAAGAAGAAUUCGAGGGGACGACGGCGACGUCGCCCCAAGGCAUGGGAGCAGAUGGAUUGAACGCUGGAAACGGUCAAUACAACGUCAUUCCAGGGAUGACGAACGCUCCGCUCUCUAUAUCCGACUCGUUUUCGGCCCCGCCAACGGCCUCCGUCCCGGCGUCGGUGGCAACAGAUACGCGGACGCAGUGGGCCAAGCCGCUCACCAAGUCCCUGCGCGCGCUGCAGAAGUUGAACGCGGCCUUUAGCAACUACAGCACGUCGAUGAACGACGGCAACAGCGGCGGCAGUCCUACCUAUGCGGUCAACGCCCAAUCCACAGCAGCAGGAGGGACCCAACAGCACAACGGGUCGACGAGCGCGUCCGCAAUCACCCCCAGCGUGGGGUCAUUACCUCCACCGACGCCCGAGAGCUCCAGCAGCGGCGAUUGGACAUUGCCGAACCUGCUGGACCGAGCGGCAGAAUAUAUCCACCCUCCGCUGUGGGGGUAG